GUUGGCUGUGAGACAGUAAGCUAUCCACUUGUUGGUUGAUUCAAGUUCUGUACUAGUUCGAAAUUGUUUCCAAUCGGAGGUGAACGUAACACAGCAAAAAUAAAAUCGAUUUGAAAAAAAACCAAAAAUCAUUUUAUCGAUAAUUGCUAAAAAAAAAAGCAAUUUAAAAAAAAUAGUGGAAUAACGUGGAAAAGAUCCAGCUGUUAGUUAGAAUAUAGUAAGAUGGCCAGCUUGACGAUCAAGGGCUUGCCCACUCAGGUGAUGCACACCUACCAGGUCCUUCGUAUUGGAAGCGAUGUGAAUGACAAGACUCUAACCUUUUGUCUGAACGAUAAGUCGAUUGACAAGUUGCAUGCCACUUUGACGCGCUACGAGAAAGGACUCUUUCUGGUCAACGAGAGCCGCCAUGGCAGUGUGAGUGUUAAUGGUAAGAAGGUCGGAGGUCCUGUCCACAUCACCUAUCGGGAUACCUAUCGUGGUUGUGUUCGUCUUCGCUUUGGCCACACUGAAGCUCUACUCCGUGUCUCCGGCAGCCUCACUGGUUAGCCUCUUGUCAAAAAAGAUACCACAACGCAAAGGAUACUAUCUUGCCACACCCCCCAGUCACCUUCAAGAAGCAUAAAUCCUUCCCCAUCAACUUCCAACCUCCCCACAACGACUCCAAUCAUUUUGGCUAGAGAAUUCUUUUUUAAAUCGUUCGUUAAUGUUUGCACAAGAUUAUAUCCAAAAUGUCAAAUGGCUAGGCUUUUACAUGACAAAUGAAUAAAUUCCUAAGCACUUGGAUAUAAAAUACAA